CAAAAUAAAAAACAAGCCUCUCUCUAGUUCUAGUUGUUAGUUGUUACCUAAGAUACUUAACAAAGAAACCUAGCAGCAAGGCAAUUAGGAGAUGCCAUUGCCAAAAUUGCCAUACCGUGGUAGUGCCUGCAGUUUUCUGUGCUGCAGUUGAGAUAAAUCAAUUUAAUUAAUUUAUUUCCAUGGCGAAGAAGUCCGGAACAUAACAUAACGAUCUUUAUUUGGUUUGUGUAUUUACUUCUCAUUCUGUAAACCUUUGAACUGCCCUUUUAAAUAAGUUAGCCUAAGUAGGCUACUGUCAGUUUGUUUAGCAUUGGUAGCUGAUAAUGGCCGGGAACACUACAAUGUCUUCUGCUAUGAGCUAUGCUGUAAAUAGAACUGCCGACUCUACCCUCCUAGACCAAGAUAAGCUCGUGGAAAAAAUAAUCCUGGCAACUUCUUGGUUAAAUCUGACCCAAGCCCAUUUGAUUCUUCUAAAAGAAAAACUCACCAAAGCAAGGGGAUCAAAGAGAAGAAAUCAAUCAGAUCUUGGUGAUUGCACGGAAAUAAGUCAGACAUUCUACGACCAGGUGCUGAGGCUAUGGAGUAGUGUACACAACUACAAGAUAAGGAUUCAAAAUCAAACCAAUUUGUUAUUCAAUGCCUUGUCCCCUGGAAUAAUGGGUCAAUCAUCUGCCAAUCCUGAAGUAGAAAAUUUCAGGAGAAAAAUCUUAGGAUUAGGAGAAAAGAUAACACCUUUUCUUAUAGUUGAAAUGGAGGGGACUGAGGAAAAAGAACAAUAUGAUAUAAAAAUGAUGGAGAAUCAAAGAGAAAUGAUAAAGCUGGCUGCUGAGGUUGGUGACAAUUUGGAGCAGGCAGAGUCAAAUACUCAUCCAAGGGAGAUUCAAAGGAACAAUGAAAAGCUGAUGAAAGUGAAAGUAUGUCGCAGUAUAAUCAACACUUUUUUAGCCAGAUCUCAUAUUGAUUAUGAACAGAAUCCUGAUCUGUUAGAUCUCAAGAUCAUAUGGAGGAACCCUAUCUCAAUAAUGGCCAAAACACUAUGAACCGUACCUCAGUGCGGACUUUGAACUAAAGUUUUGAUGUCAGUUAUGUGGAGUGAAGAUUCACAGAGCAGAUGCAUUUUUUACUUUAUUGUACUUUUUUACUUUAUUAAUAAUUUUGAAAUAGUGAAUGGUUAAAUAAAGAACUGUUACCUA